AUGGUGAACUGGGUGGAGGCGCAGAAGCCUAUCGUCCACGGGCUAGCUAAGCUGGCCGGGCUGCGGCAGAGAACGGUGGAGCUGGAACCUGGCACCGUGAUGAGCUUCUGGGUGCCAAAGAAGAACGACAAGCAAAAGCCACCCGUGGUGCUGGUGCACGGGUUCGCCGGGGAGGGCAUCGUGACGUGGCAGUUCCAGGUAGGCGCUCUAACCAAGAGGUAUGCGGUCUAUGUGCCGGACCUGUUCUUCUUUGGGAGCUCAAAGACGGGGAGAUCCGAAAGGUCCCCAGAUUUCCAGGCGGAUUGCCUGGGACGGGCCCUGGCACUACUGGGGGUACAGCGGUGCACACUGGUGGGCUUCAGCUAUGGGGGAAUGGUGGCGUUCAAACUGGCAGAAGCGCGGCCGGAGAUGGUGCGGUCUAUGGUGGUUUCCGGCUCGGUGGUUGCGAUGACCAGCAGCAUUGGGGAGGAGGCACUAGCCAGGCUUGGUUUCAAGUCCUCGGCGGAGCUGCUACUGCCGAACACACUGAAAGGGAACAAGGCGCUGCUCUCCGUCGCAACUUACCGCAAGUAUUGGUUUCCCGACCGCCUCCACAAGGACUUCAUUAAGGUACGGCCGCUCACUCAUGGCUUUUCUCUGGUUAGCUGCAGGAGACCCACGACGUUCCAAUUUUCUGUUGCUAUGAUGGGCCUAAUCAGUUCUGCCGCUUCUCCUGGACUUUGGGGUGAUCCUCUGUGGGGACAUUAUUGUGUAGGUGAUGUUCAGUAACAGGAAGGAAAGGGAGGAACUGCUGGAGGGACUCGAGGACAGCAAUAGGGAGUUCACCCUUCCCGCCAACUUGCCCCAGGUCUCUUUGCCUAAUCUUCAUGUCUGAAUUUCAUGUAGACCCUUGCGUUUUCGUUCACUGCUUGUUCUCCUCUUCAAUUGAUGCCCAACGAAACCAUAUGAAACAUGUGUCUUCGCGAAUAACAGCACAUACUUCUACUGUGGGGUGAGAACGACAGGAUCUUCAAAAUUGAACUCGCCCAGGACAUGAAAGAGUGAGUCGCUCUCAUUGACACCCCUCUUUCUAUGUUUCAGCUUCCAUGCUUAUAUGUAUCUGCCCUAGCUCACACAUAGUGCACAGUACAUACAUCGUCACCUCAGAGAGAGAGAGAGAGACGGACAGACAGACAGGCAAACGGAGAGACAGAGAAAGAAAGUAUAUCUGACGCGAUCUUCUAAAAUGUGUGCCAAGUGAUUGGUGACCGGUGCGUCUGCCUUUGUUGUUGACGCAACGCAGGAAACUGGGAGAGAAGGCGGCGGUGCAUAGCAUAAGCAAGGCGGGACACCUAGUGCACCUCGAACGCCCCUGCGUCUACAACCGGUGCCUCAAGGGUUUCCUCGCCAAGGUCCAUUCGUCCGGCUCCGAGUCGUGA